UUGAUCUCGCCCUUCGCGCCGACGGCACACUAUGCAUUCGUCGCUCAUCAGGGUGAGUGCGCGGCGUACGCUGGUGCACGCUCCGCGAGUCCGUCCCCUCGUCGCCCGCAGGAAUAUCUUCGGCCUCUUCAACAAGAAGCAGCCACCAGCAAAAAAGCCCGAGCCGGUCCCCAUCCUCGCUCCGGAUGACCUCUUCCACCCGCUCUCCAAGUCGCCGUUCCCCGAGGUGCGCGCCCGCGCGGAGGUGAUCCAGAAGCUUGCGCCGUGUCCAGUAUGUCUGGAGGAGCACAACCAUGGGGAGCACAGCGCGGAGACAGCGGAGGGGGAGGCGCCAGCGAAGCCUAAGUCCGUCGCGUUCGAGUGCCCGGAUUGCGGCUGGCCGACACACUGCUCGGAGGAGCACUGGAAGGCGGACACGGAGCACGUCAAGUACUGCUCGCGCUUGAGGGACGCCAACGAGGACGAGCACGACCUGCGGAGCCAGCGGCGCUUCCGUGAAUUCGAGAUGCCAGGACCGCAGGGCUACGAGGAUGCGAUCUCGUUCGCGAACUGGGACACCUUCUGGUACACGCGCGGCUUCUUCUCCAUGGACAGUGAGCGCUCGCGGCGCCAUGCGUCCAAGGUGCUCUCCUACCCGAUCACUAUUGGGAAUGUCCUACACCAGUACAGCAACUUGACGCUCAAUAAUCAGCGCUUGACGCCGGAAGGCUCGCGCUCGAUGGCGGCUAUCCGGUCGACGCUGCACGUCCCGACAGGGACGCCAGAGACACCGGAGCACGCAGCCGGAAAGCCGCAAGUGCGCGUAUUUAUACUCGGCGCACGCGGCGAGUCGUCACUGCCUGUGCACGUCUGGGAGCAACUCACUAUGCUCUUCCCCUCGUCCAACCUGCAUAUCAUCUUCAUCGGACCUCAGGUGGCAUUGCCGAAAGGGUUCGGCAAGAAGAAACAGACGACGAAACAGGCGACAUCCUCCGACCCGUCGCCGAAGUCUACAUCGACUGCCUCUGCUUCAUCUUCUGCGUCCAGCCCGACACCAGAGCCCGAGGUACCGAAGACCGAAGCGACCUCCGAGUCGACCGCUGUGACAGAGUCGGACGAGGAGCUGGAGGAGGAGCGCCCCAUCUACUCGCCAAAUGUGUAUAUGCCGAAGACGCCGAAGCCCAUCCCCGCGCAGCCGUACACGCGCAACGCAAUUCAGAAGUACGGCGCGCCUUCCUACACGACGCCUUACACGCACGCCCUGACCGUGACCGGCAUUCGUUCGAGCUACACGUCCGACUUGCACAACGAGCACUUCGCGGACACUCUCGACCCGUACAGCGACUGCUUCUUCCUCUUCUCUCCCGGCCUUGGCUUCCCUUCCCCGACCGCGCCCUCCGCAGCCGACAAGGUUCUGCAGAUCAACUCACCCACUGAGUGGGGCGGCGUCCUCCCUACGCUCCUCGAGACCAAGUGCCCGAUCUUCGUCACGGGCUUCUCCCCCGCGGACCUCGAGCGCGACGUGCGCGCGCUUGCGACGAGCGAGAUCGCGAACGACUUCGACUGGAUCCUGACGCCCGGGCCGAAUGAGUUUGCCAGCUUGCGGUGGGAGGUGGCGGACUUCGACCCGCGGGUGAUGAUCAAGUUGAAUUAUGGCAUUUGGGGCAUUCGGGGUAAGACAAGGGAGAUCCAGGAGAAGAGCAGUAUCUUCGAUGUGUUCGCACCCAGGGUGUAGGGAUUCACUCGAUAGCCCAGACCGUAGCUACCAACACUAUUCAUCCCCUCUCAUCUGCUUCAUGAACUUGCUGAUUCGACGGGGUAUCAGGGAAGGGAAGCAAAGUCAGCGAACGCACCCAUUGGGUGCGGAAUUCGGAAAUGAC